AUGCCGACCAGUGGAAGAGUCCCCUAUGAAAGGGGGAUAUACUCACUCCCCCUAGGUGAGGAAGCUCCCCCACCAUCCUACCCCUCGGCGGCCAGGCGAGCACAGGAGGAGAUUCUGGCCCAGGCCAGGUACGAGACCAAGCGGGAGAGAUGGAGAGCCCAGGCGGAAGCAUCGGAGAAGCCCCAGAAAAAACCGCAGGACCAGCCCCAGGAACCGCCCCAGGAGAAAACCCCCCACAAGCCCCUGACAAAACCCCCCCUAGACGACGACGAGGUCGACCCCUGCGACGUCUCCCUACACCCUCGACAACCCCCUCGACCAACUCCCCAUCGCCGCCCGACUCAGACGACGACUUUUAGAUGGCCCCCCAGACUCCCAAUCGUUUCCUUAAAGACCUCAUCAGCACCCUCGCCCUGCUUCCCCUACAGGUCCGCCCAACAGUCCCCACCCGACGCCCAGCCACCACACCCUCAACACCCACCCUUACCCAGACCUCGCCCACCCAGCGCCGCGGUCCUCCCCCCUCGCAGCCCAUCAUCGUCCUACCCCAUUCACCACGCCGAUCCUCCUCUGCCCCGGCCCUGA